CCAAUGGCCGGCAAAAAGGUUGAUAAAUCGUCGUUUUUGCCACAGCGACAUUUAACCCAUCGAAACCCUAAGGCUAUAAAUAGAAAGUGAGCAAAUUCAGGAUUCUAAAAAACCAUCUAAGGAGAAGAAGAAGAAAGAAAGAAGAUCUAAUGAGCAAAAAUGAGGAAGUGAAGCUUUUAGGAACAUGGGCAAGCCCUUUCAGCCGUCGGAUCGAGAUGGCUCUCAAACUCAAAGGCGUACCGUACGAAUACUUGGAGGAAGAUCUGGACAAUAAGAGCUCUUUGCUUCUUGCUCUAAGCCCUAUUCACAAGAAGAUCCCUGUUCUUGUUCACAAUGGUAAAACCAUUAUCGAGUCGCUUGUGAUCCUCGAAUACAUCGAUGAGACUUGGAAACACAAUCCCAUUCUUCCUCAGGAUCCUUUCCAAAGAUCCAAGGCUCGAGUCUUAGCAAAACUCGUUGAUGAACAGAUAGUAAAUGUCGGGUUUACCUCACUGGCCAAAACAGAGAAAGGAAGAGAGGUUCUGAUCGAGCAGACAAGAGAAUUGAUUAUGAGUCUCGAAAAAGAACUCGCCGGAAAAGAUUACUUUGGCGGCAAGACAGUCGGAUUCUUGGACUUUGUCGCCGGAAGUAUGAUCCCGUUUUGUUUGGAGAGGGCUUGGGAAGGAAUGGGAGUGGAGAUGAUUGCAGAGAAAAAGUUUCCAGAAUACAACAAAUGGGUGAAGAAGCUGAAGGAGGUUGAGAUCGUUGUUGAUUGUAUUCCUCCAAGAGAGAAACAUAUUGAACACAUGAACAAUAUGGCAGAGAGAAUCAGAUCGGCUUGAUUAAGAAGACAAAACAAUUUAACUACACCUUUGGUUCCAUGUUUUAUUUCAUUUACUGUAAUGAUUUCAGUGUUUCUUUACUGUAUGAUUUCAGUGAUUCUUUGCCUGCAAGUAUCUUCAUAAUCUCUAGUCAAGAUCCUUGACGAGUCAAUUCAUGAAGAAUUUUGUAAUUCAUAACAGAUUGCUGGAAAAGAAGCUCAUUUCUCUGUUGUUUCUGAUUAA